AUGCCGCAUGUCCGUGCAAAGGAAUACCAGAUCCCCAAGGAAGGCUAUGAUCUGGUGUAUGUCGAGGUGAUCCAGCGCCAUCACAAGCGCACGCCUUACGCAUCAAACACUUUCUUCAAGGAAGACGCAGACUGGGACUGCUCGAACGCUGGUCCGUAUCACCACGCAAAGGCCGUGGACUUCGCCACUACGCCGGUCUACUGGCAAGCGCAACACUCAGCGCUCAACCAUUUCGCGUCCCAAGUCGGCCCCGGCUUUGGUGACUCGACAUGUCAGUUUCCCGGCAUCACAAGUGCGGGUCUGGACGACAGCAAGCAGCAUGGCGUCGAUUUCGGCUCUGUGUAUCGCGACAAGCUCGGCUUCCUCCCCUGCGCCAAUGAGACGGAGCAGUAUGCGUUCCGCGUCACGAACAACGUGAUCACGACACAGACGCUCGGCGCCUUUGCCGCUGGUCUGUACCCCGAUGCGAAGGAGUAUGUCGCCUGGGUUCAAAGCGAGACCUACGACUCGCUCGAACCCAAGUUCUCAUGGACGGAACACCUCGAGAAGUCGGCCGCGCUUCGGGAGCGCUUCAACCGUGUAUCGGGUAUUGAGCCGAAUGACUCGGCCGGCUGGAGCUCAUCUUGGGACCAUGUGAACGCCACUGAUGUGUGCGUGUCGCAAGAGGAUGCGGACGCCAUCUACCGCCUCGGAAAUUGGGAGUACGCUUACCGCUGGCGCGGCGCUGAGAACUCGACGCUCUACUCGGCGCUCAAGAUGGGAGUGUGGUUCCGCGAGCUUCAGGCGAACCUGCAUGCUGCAGCCGAAGCGACCUCGCCUGUCAAGUAUCGGCACAACUUCGCGCAUGACGGUUCUGUUUCCCCUGUCCUCGGAGUGCUCCAGAGUGCGUACCCAACCUGGCCCGGCAUGGGCUCCGAGGUCGUCUUCGAGCUCUGGCGCAUGGGUAGCAAGCCCUACGUCCGUGUGCUGUUCUCGGGCCAGCCGCUCGAAACUUCAACGCCACUCGGCACCCUCGACAUGGUCCCGCUUGACAAGCUGGACAACUAUAUCGACAGCAUCAUCCCGCAUGACAUGGUCGCGGCGUGCCGCGGCGACGCCGCCGCUCUCGGCCUGGCAUGA